UGUUGGAGCAUUUUGAAAGGUGUCGACGACAGGAGAUCAGAAAAGCACAAGAGUCCCAAAGAUUUCUCACCAAUCCUUAAUUUAAAUGUAACUGGAGCUGCUAGCCAAGCUAGGAUUCAUUAAAUGGAAAGGAGCAAAUCAUUUUCUGGGUACAACACGAGUACCCCAUACUCGGACAUCCGAUCUGGUUUCGAGGACAGGUCCAAGUCAUACAGCUUCAACAGUACUCCCAGUAACAGUAGUAGUGGCAACAUAGAUAGGUCAGCCAGUAGUUCCGGGAAUCCAGAGCUCAAGAGGAGGAAAAGGGUGGCUUCCUACAACAUGUACGCCAUGGAAGGCAAGCUCAAAUCUUCUUUCCGCAACAGUUUCAAGUGGAUCAAGAGCAAGUUUACCUAUAGCUUCGACGACGAGUAUUGAAGAUUAAUAAAUUCAUGCGAAAUCGUAUGUUUUCUUCUUCCCUUUGGUUCCAUCUCCUUGGAUGUUCGAAGAGAGGUUUUUAGGUAGAUGGCCUUGUUGAACAGUGUGUACGCAAGUGUUGUACGUACGUGCAUGGAUAUUACACAAUACACAUCCAUCAGAACGUGGUUAUAAUUAGUUCUUAUGUUUUUAGAUUGACUUGUACUCUCUCUCUCUCUUCAAUUUCUAAUAAAUGUAUCCAAGAAUGUUCUAUAUA